AUGGCCAUGGCGAGCAAUGCCGUCUCCCAGGGCCUUGGCCACGACGAACGAACAAAGAUCGUCAUGUACGUCUUCUUCAGCCUGGCGCUCUACAACGCGGGCGAGCUGAUGUGCCACAUCGCCGUCACGUUCAAGCACUAUCGAGGACUGUACUGCUGGAGCUUCAUUGUCUCGACGUUGGGAAUCGUCUUGAGCGCCGUGGGUUAUCUGCUCCGCAGCAUUGGCGCAUCCUUGUCAACCUACGUGUACACUGCGCUGGGCAUCUUUGGUUGGGCGGCCAUGGUCACGGGCCAGUCACUUGUGCUGUAUUCCCGACUGCACAUUGUCCUGCCUAGAGAGAGGCUGGUCCGGGGAGUACUCAUCAUGAUUAUUGUCAAUGCAGUCUGGCUUCUGGUGCCCCUCACGGUCUUGAUUUUCCUCUGCAACACGCCGAGGGCGGAACGAUACGAGCAGGCGUAUUUCAUCUUUGAGAAGAUCGAAUUGACAGUCUUUUUUGUCCAAGAAGUCAUGAUUUCGGCGCUGUAUAUCCGCGAGACAUACAAUAUCCUUCGCAGCUACAGGGGGCUUGUAACUGGCUCAAAUCGAACCACCAUGGUGCAUCUCAUACUCGUCAACCUGGUCAUUAUUGCCCUGGACAUCAGCAUCUUGGUCCUCCUGUAUACCGAUAACUACGAUCUCCAGACCGCGUGGAAACCUCUGGUAUACAGCAUAAAACUGAAGAUGGAGUUUAGCGUGCUUAACCGUCUUGUCGAACUGUCCCGGUACAUGCGGCGCAACAGGGGCCUUGCACUCAUUGACACACAGACGGUCGAUCCAGCCAUUGCUCUGCCGUUGGGCGUCGUAAAUACUGAAGAUGGUAGCAUCAUUGGAAGGAGGAGAGGCACUGUCGACGAGUCAAACUUUUCGGCCGCUACAUCAAUAGCUCCUCCCAAAACACCCAAGAACAACGCUCAGCCUGAGACGUCGGUUACUGUAUCAGGGCUGCAGGUAUAA